GAUAACAAGACAACUAAAAAUAUAUGCUUUCACCGGUGACAGCCCUCUCAGAUCAGACUGUUAGUUUGCGUAAAAUAUGGAAAACGCAGCGAAGCCAAAGAGCAAACUGUGCACUCUCUGUAAUGAAAAACGCGCCGCCUUAAAACGUCCUAAAACCCUUGAACAAAUAUGCAGGGAGUGUUUUUAUACAGUGUUUGAAGAUGAGAUUCAUAGAGUUAUUGUUGAUAAUCACCUUUUCAACCCUGGUGAACGCAUUGCUAUUGGAGCUUCUGGUGGUAAAGAUUCAACAGUGCUUGCAUAUGUAAUGUCAGAGUUGAACCGUAGACACAACUAUGGAUUGGAUCUCUUCUUAUUAUCAGUGGAUGAAGGCAUAACUGGUUACAGGGAUGACUCUCUUGAAACAGUCAAAAGAAAUGAAAUACAGUAUGGACUUCCUUUAAAAGUAGUUUCCUACAGCGAAUUGUAUGGAUGGACAAUGGACGAAAUAGUGAAAUUGAUAGGCUUGAAGAACAACUGCACAUUUUGUGGUGUUUUCCGUCGGCAGGCCCUUGAUCGAGGUGCUGCAUUGCUAAAGGUAGACAAGCUCGUUACUGGACAUAAUGCAGAUGAUAUUGCUGAAACAGUCCUUUUAAAUAUUUUACGAGGUGAUAUUGCAAGGUUGAGUAGAUGCACAUCGAUAAUUACCGGAGAAGAUGGGCCAAUACCCAGAUGCAAGCCCUUCAAAUACACAUAUGAGAAGGAAAUUGUCAUGUAUGCAUACUUUAAAAAGCUGGACUACUUCUCUACAGAAUGCAUUUAUUCCCCUAAUGCUUACCGUGGCUUUGCUCGUGAGUUCAUUAAAGAUUUAGAAAGAAUGAGACCAAGAGCCAUUCUCGACAUUAUCAAAUCAGGUGAAGACUUCCGGAUCUCCACCUCUACAAAAAUGCCAGAGCAAGGAACUUGUGAAAGAUGUGGUUAUAUAUCCAGCCAGAAAUGGUGCAAAGCAUGUGUCUUGCUUGAGGGCCUCAAUCGUGGUUUACCAAAAUUAGGGAUCGGGCGCAGUCGAGGGAUCAAUAGCGAAGGUAACCCGAAUAUGGAACAAGCUAAUGGAACACAAAAUUUACAAAGCAAGCAGUGUGGAAGUUUGGACUUCUGAAUUCUCAUGUAGCUGCAUAAAUCAUUGUAUUACUUCUCAGUGAUGAUCGUUGCAAUCUUUGGUUUGGAACAGCUAAAUGAAGGGCUUUAAUUAGGAGUUCCACAUUAAUAUAUCAUCCAUGUAGCUUAUUGUAUUUAGAGGUUGAAAAGAGCCUCCUACAUUCAUCCGCAAUUUUUCAAAAAAUUUCAUACCGUCAGUUUUUCAAAAAAAUAUUCCUGCUGUCCA